AUGGCUAAGACGACACUGGCGGACUGGAAUAACGACGUGAUGAACCGGUUUGCAAUAUUCGGCGCACCGGUGCGCAACAGUGUAACGGCAGCGGGUGGAAAUACUGGCAAUGAACAGGCCGGCACCUCCAUGGCGGGGCUGUGGUUUGAGAAGCCAAAAGGAAAAAAGUACAGCCUGCUGUUGGGGUUUAUUUCUCGACACAUUCAUUUAUCAGUCAGUAUUGCUUUCAAGGUUUUGAGGGUUUUUAAAUGA